AUCCGAACCGUGGCGAUUAACCUUUGAGUCUUUCAGUCAUACAAAUUCCCUCCUUCUUUCAAUCGACGACAUCCUCUUUUUCCCGACCCCCGAAACGACCCUAUCUCGUCGUUUUCCCGCUCUCUACACACGACAUCACCGUCUUAGCGAUCGAUCCGACCGAAACCCCUUCCCCCGCAAACCACAUCCACACACCACAAUGGAAGACGUCCCCCUCGAGCACGGCUCCCCAGAGCACCUCCUCCCGCCCAGCUGGAAGACAAUGGUCACAGCCUGGCUCGCCGAGGACACCCCCUCCUUCGACUACGGCGGCUUCGUCGUCGGCGACGCCCCGCGCACCGCAACCCUCUGGGGCAAAUCAGGCGGCAUCGUCGCCGGCCGGCCUUUUGUCGACGAAGUCUUUGCGCAGUGCGGCUGCACCAUCGAGUGGCACGUCAAAGAGGGGUCCCACGUCGAGCUCCGCGGCUACGGAGAUCACAACCCCAAGGGCAAGAUGCGCGUCGCGACCGUCUCGGGACCCACGCGCGGGAUCCUGCUGGGCGAGCGGGUGGCGCUGAAUACGCUGGCGAGAUGUUCGGGCGUGGCGAGCAUGACGAGGGGUAUGUUGGUGAAUUUGAGGGCGGCGGGGUAUGCUGGUGUGCUGGCGGGUACGCGCAAGACGACGCCCGGGUUCCGGUUGGUGGAGAAGUAUGGGAUGCUUGUGGGCGGUGCGGACGCGCAUAGGCAUGAUUUGAGUUCGAUGAUUAUGUUGAAGGAUAAUCAUGUUUGGAGCAAGGGGAGCAUUACAAAUGCAGUGAAGGCGGCUAAGAGCGUGGGUGGGUUUAGUUUGAAGGUUGAGGUUGAAGUGCAGAGCGAGGAGGAGGCGGACGAGGCGAUUGCGGCGGGGGCGGACGUUGUCAUGCUGGAUAACUUUACGGGCGAAGGGGUCAAGGUUGCGGCUAAGAGUUUGAAGGAGAAGUGGGCGGGGAAGAAGCACUUUUUGGUAGAGGUCUCUGGUGGGUUGACGUUGGAGAACGUCGAGAAUUACGUGUGUAAUGAUGUUGAUGUUGUUUCGACGAGUGCCAUUCACCAAGGCGUACCGCACGUGGAUUUCUCACUCAAGGUCGAGCACUAGCUGCAAUUUGUCUGACGUUGAAUUAAAUCAAAAACAUCGUGAUAC